UGAUACAAUCCACACAAGCAUAAGUACCUUUGAGGGCAAUUAAUUUCUAAGACUCUGUAGACAUCCUGACAUCUCAGAUUGAGAAUUACUGACUCAGUGGCUUCUGGUCUGGACUCAGAAGGAUAUUUUGACCAGGAUGAGACGGACAACAACCAGAGUAAGCAACUUGUCCCCAUACACUGCUCCCAGGAACCCAGGUCCCAGAGCUGGAACUGAGCCAGGAAAGCAGGGCCCAGGAGAUUCCUCUUCCAGGAGUUCAUCUUUCCAUGACCCAACCACAAUGCUCUCUAUCACUACCAUUGGGAAUUCUUAGAGAAGCCAAUCAGCCUCAUCCAUAUCAAGAUUAUAAACUGAACACACACUAGCAGAGACUUAGUGUCCACUCUUCAAGUAGGAUGAAGACCUUAGUUCCCAAGGCUCUUCUCCUGCUGCUCCUGGCCAACCUGACCCUGACCAGGCAUCCAAAGGGUUCAAACUCCCUGAGCUAUUUGCAAACUCUCCUCACCUGGCCUGACUUGCUGGAGCCCCAACUCAUCUAUGCUGUCUACUUUAAUGACAUUCGUAUUGAGAGAUUCAACAGCAGAGAGGAGCCUCCGAGACUGAUGCACUGUGCACCAUGGGUGGAUCAGCAGGAGCCAGAGUACUGGGACCAGAGGACAGAAGAAGUUCUGAGACUGAUGGCAGCAUACAAGUACAUACUGAAGAAAAUGCUUCACAUCUACAAUCUAAUUGAAACUGGUAAUUACACAAUCCAGAUCCGGAUGGCCUGCGAUGUACUGCCUGGAGGGAACCUCAGUCGUGUACAAUAUGAAUUCAUCUUCAAUGGCCAUGAUUACGUUGUGCUGAACAAGGACCUGAGAAGUUGGACUGCAGUUGGCAAGGCAGCUGAAGUGUUGAGGCAAAAUUGGGAGGCGUCAGGUUUUGCAAAAUCUUUGAAGAAUUACUUGCAAUAUGAAGGUGUGAAGUUGGUCCUCAGACAGCUGGUCUAUGGGAAGGAGAUUUUGCUGAGAACAGAUACCCCUAAAAUGCAUGUGACCCGUAAGGUCAGAGCUAAUGGGAAAAUCACUCUAAGGUGCUGGGCCCUGGACUUCUACCCUGCUGACAUCACCCUGACCUGGCAGAGGGAUAGGAGCAACCAAAGUUUGAAUAUGGAGGUGAUAGAGACCAGGCCUGCAGGAGAUGGAACCUUCCAGAAGUGGGCAGCUGUGGUGGUGCCUUCUGGGAAGGAGCAGAGAUACACAUGUCAUGUAAAUCAUGAAGGGUUGCCUGAGCCCCUGACCCUGAGAUGGGAACCUCCUCAGCCCUCUGUCCCCAUCAUGACAAUUGUUACUGGCCUGGUUCUUGGAGCUGUGCUUAUGGGAGCUGUGGUGACUUUUCUGAUAUGGAAGAGGAGGACUAAAGGUAAGGAAAGGACAGGGUCUGAGUUCAAGUCUCCAUGGGAAUAUCAAGUCUAG